AUGGCGACUGACGCAGGUCCUUCGAAGCCGCCAGCCAUCCCUCCACUCGACAUUCCCAAAUCCGACGCGACAUCACGACCUCGAGCGAAUUCAAAGGCCAAGCCAGCAUCUGCUGCCGAUCCGGUUCUCCGCAAUGCCCUGAGGUACACGAUUUCGGCGCGAGAAUACGAGACCCUCCACAAGUACGUACUGUCGCGCUCGCGUCUGCUACGGAAGAGGGCACCGAGCGUGAAUGCUGUCGAGAAGUACAUGGAUGGUGGGAACGCGCGAAGAGGCUCCAUCGCGGAGAGAGAUCUCGACAGGGGCAAGGGCAAGGGCAAGGAGAAGGCCGUUUCGGCAGGUAUGAGUAGAAGAAGGGGGGAUGGCUACAAUGCGCGUGCUAUUCGACACGCUUUGCGGGUGUUUGUCGCUACGGGUCUGGGAGCAAAAGCCUACGGGGUAAUACUGGCGCGCAUCAAAGGGCAACAAGAGACCGGGAUAUCCCAGAAGAAGCAACCCCUCUACAAGUCCUCGACGCUGCGCCUUUCUCUCUCCUUAUCGACGAUACUGCUACUAUACCGUCUGCUCUUCCGCUUCCUCACCAGACUGAGGAUACACCUGCUAGAUUCUUCGGCCGCGCCCUUCCGCACGCGCAACCCUCGAACAUCCAACACCCUCACGUCGCCUUAUGCGCCCGCGAUAGGGGCCAGUCUGGCGGGCUUGGCUCUGGGCAUCUACCCGUCAGCGCAACUGCGCGUGACCGUCACUAUCGCCCUCAUGUUUCGCGCCCUCGAGUGGGGUUGGAACCUGUUUGAAGACGAAGGCUUGAUAUGGGGUUGGAAGACCCGGGCCAGUGGGAAGGGUGUCAUCAAGAGGGAGCGGCCUUGGUGGUGGGGAAGCUGGAUGCUUCAGCCCUUUGCCUGCGGCCAGCUCUUGCAUGCCACACUCUUUGACCGAGAGAGCUCUCCUGCUGGCUUCGUCAACUUCAUUUGGAAGAACACGUCUACCUACCUCCACAGCCCUCCUAAGAACCUACCUGUAGGCGUCAAGUGGCCCGGUGCAUGGGAGGUAGCGGAUGACCUGGCACAGACGGCCAAAUUGAACUGGCCAUCGUUCGUCUCGCCGACUCUCUUCCCCAACCAGCCCACGCUGCCGGCAUCACUCACAGCAGUUGCGCCACUGACAUCGCAGGCGCAUCCACUCAUCACCUCUCUGAGCUGCGCUAUCCUCCAUCCCUCUGACCCUUCAUGUCUGCGCACGUACUUGUCAUUCUGGGUCCGAUCAUUCCCACGCAUGGGCCGCUUCUUCCUGCUCUUCUAUACGAUUCUUGCGCUACCUCGCUACAAGAUGCUGUACAACUCACCCAUAUACCUACUGAACAAACUGCUUUCGAAGACGUUCCGCAUCUCGACGUUCGCCACAGGCGCCAUCUCCACGGCAUGGGCGAGCAUUUGUCUCUUCCAGAAUUGGCUGCCGAGGACGUUCCUCCCCACGCAGCGUUUCUUCCUCGGCGGGUUCCUGGCGGGUCUUUGGGCGUUCGUGGAGCGCAAGGAUGGGCGAAGCAUCUUCCUAUACAGCGCCCGGACCAGCGUCGACUCCCUGUGGAAGGUCGGCGUCAAGCGGCGCUGGUGGAGGGCGAUGAAGGGCGGCGACGUGUGGUUAUUCGUCGUUGCGCUCGCGGUCACGGGUGCCGUGUACGAGAGAGACGCAAGGGCGAUUCGGGAGAACCAGUGGCGGAAGGGCAUCAGCUGGGUCAGGGGCACCGACUUCCGUGACUGGGGUGUUGACGAGGACGAAGAGGAGGACAUGCAUGCCAAAGAAGAGUAA